AUACACAUAUUACAAAAAUGCAUAGAUUUGAAUAUUCUGUCCUAUUUCAAUAAUAAUAUUAUUCCUAUAUUUACAUCCAUGUCCAUUUCCAAAACUUAUGUAUCCAAAUUGCAUGUUAAUGAAACACCUGCCUUGAAAAACCAUCAGGAAAAUUCAAUUAACUUAAUAAAAAGUAGGAUUAGUUAUUUAUUAUAUAGCUUUUCGGAGGAUAAAACAAAAUCCAAAGGUUUUUCCCUUAGCAGAUUACCCUUAAUAUACAAAAAUGUGUACAAGGAAAAUAUAAAUAUCGAUCAAAUAGGAUAUUCAAAAUUGACGGAAUUUAUCAAUAAUGAGAUGAGUGAUAUUUGUUACAUUUCGACCCAGCAUAAAUUUCAGUGCAUAUUAUUGCCUGUUAUGGAAGAU